AACAUGCAAACUCCACACAGAAAGACCCCGGCCUGAUGGUGGAAUUGAACUCAAGACCUUCUUGCUGUGCGGCAACAGUGCUAACCACCGUGCCACCGUGCUGGUCAAACUGGCUGCAGGACACAAGUUUGACAGAGAUGUUGAACUGCUGAUUUAUUACAAAGAUGCUCACCAGCCCACUGCUGUGGUGGAGGCAGGACAGGCCUCUGCUGAGCCGGGCUCUCUGAUGGGUGAUUCAGUGGUGAUGGUGAGUCUGUACCCUGAGUUCCCCCAGUCUGUGAUGUCUUCAGUGGCUUCAUGUGGAGAGUUUGUGUUCUUAAUGGAUCGAUCUGGAAGUAUGAGUAAUACUCGCAUCCGCAGUGCCAAGGAUACUCUACUGCUCCUGUUGAAGAGCUUACCAAUGGGAUGCUAUUUUAACAUCUAUGGUUUUGGGUCCAGAUAUGAACACAUCUUCCCUAAGAGUGUGGAGUACACUCAGCAGACCAUGGAAGAGGCCCUGAAGAGCGUUGAGCAGAUCCAGGCUAAUCUUGGAGGAACAGCGAUCCUGGAGCCCCUCAAACAUAUUUACAGUCAGCCUUGCAUUCCCAGUCAGCCUAGACAGCUGUUUGUCUUUACUGAUGGAGAGGUGGGAAACACCAAAGAAGUGAUAGAUCUGGUGAAGAAGAACUCAGAUUCCCACAGGUGUUUCUCUUUUGGGAUUGGGGAAGGGGCCAGUUCUGCUCUCAUCAAUGGGAUGGCAAAGGAAGGAGGAGGUCAUGCUCAGUUCAUCACAGGGACUGACAGGAUGCAAGCAAAAGUGAUGCAGUCGCUGCGAUUUGCUCUGCAGCCGACUGUGGUCGACUUCUCAGUCACAUGGGAUUUACCAAAGGAAGUGUCUGUCACUGUCCUCUCUCCACCAAUCACAGCACUUUUCCAGGGUCAAAGGUCACUGAUUUAUGCCCAGCUUACUGGACAGAGCUCAGAGGCAGCAGAGGGCUGUGUGACGGUGAAGUACAGCCUGGCAGGUCAUCCCUCUGAGAACCAGCUGCACUUCAGUCUCAGACCUGCAGAGGACACUGGAUUAACAGUCCACAGGUUGGGUGCUCGUACUCUGAUUCGCUCACUGGAGUUGGAGGAGAGAGAGAGUAGAGGACAGCAAGAUGGAGAAGUGAAGAAAAAGUUGGUGCGGCUCAGUGUCCAAUCAGGAGUGAGCAGUUCUUUCACUGCCUUCAUUGCUGUCAACAAAGACAACAGCAGGGUGAUCCAAGGACCUCUUGUGCGCAGAAAUAUUCCGACGCCCAUGACACAAAGAUUUGGAUCAGUAUUGCUUGGUCAUCCUAGAAUGAUUGGCUCCCCCAUGGAAAUGUGUUCAAUACCAGAUACGUAUGGAAAGAAAGAAGGUAAUCUGCGGUGUGGGGGUUAUGCGAAAAAGGCGCACGGUGGACAAAGGCUUUUUUACCGAACUCGGUGCAGACAAGAGGAACAGACAGCAGCAGCUGAUCAUUUGAACGCAAGGAUUGCGUUGCUCAAGCAACCACCCAGAGACCCUUUCAUGCACUUAGUCUCCCUCCAGAAGGCGUCUGGUUCCUGGCUGCUUGAUCCAGAUCUGGCUACUGCACUGGGAAAGACCAGUGAGCAGGUGGAAAAGAUCAAACCCAGAACGGCCAACAGUGAAGUGUGGGCCACCAUUCUGGCUCUGGUCUGGCUUCAUGCUUUCAAGGUGGAUGCAAAGGAUGAGUGGGAGUUUCUGGCUAUGAAGGCUGCCUCAUGGAUCCAUGCUCAAAAUGCGCCAUGUGUGUCAGAGUGUGUGGAAUCUGGAAAUGUCCUGUUGGGUUGCGGCAUAAAGAAAGAAGAUCUGGGACUCUAGGUUUUCUCGAAGUGGAUUCACCUUCAGGAUUGGCAAAUCAUGCCAUAUGGCUUUUAAUUCAUUAUUGUGCUAUUUACCCUACUGUAAUUGUUAUGUAAUCAGAAUCGUUUCAAAAAACAAGCAGUUAUUAUGGCAACUCAUUUAAAUUGUAUGUUUUUAUUCCUGUUUUCCAUCACCACAUGGUGAUGUUGUUCAUAAUUUGUUACUUUUUACUUGUUUUUAUACAUUCCACUUCAUGUUGUUCUUCUGAAAAAGGUUCUAAUUCAAAAUGCUUGUGUUACAGUCCCAAAUCAAAGUUAAGUUUUUAUGCCUCUAGACAAAGUCCUAAUUUUAUCUUAUAGCGCUGUUUAUAUGGUCACAUUGAAAUUAAACAAUAUUGAUGACA